GAAAACUAUUGAGCCAAAGGUUGAAGGUGAAAGUUAUUUAUCAACCGGUUCAGAGAUGAUUAUUCGACAUCGUUUCCUCUCUGUAACAUCGGAGUUGCUAACAAGUUCAACUAGUUCCUUCACUGCACGCUAUGAGUUUGUGGACAUGAAUCAACAAGGGGCACCCAUCGACCAUUCAGAAUGCGACAGGCGGAUAGACAGUAGAAUUGCCAAGCAAGGUUUUAUCACUAAUCCACGCAAUGUGUUCUUAUACGGAAGGGGUGGACGCCGAAAUAUCACAUGCAUGUUUCAUUUCGUUGGUCUUCCCUCUGAGAGAGUGAAGAUAACACUGAAGAAGGCUAGACUGAAGAAUAAUGGAACCACCUGCCGGUUGUAUUUCGAUUCCGUGCAGCAGAGGCAUGGUUGCAAGAUGAUGUCAAAUCAGCAGUCAUUUCAAGUCCCUCCUGGAUGGGCUUUAAUCGUGGCGGCUGAGUACUGGGCAGGGUACUCUUUCCCUGUAGGAUGCAUAUGCGAUUCAGUCCUAGAGGGCGAUCAGCAGCCCAUAAUAUUCGAAUCUCUGAUAAGCAAUGUUAAACUAAAAUUUGAAGUAGUGGGUAUGUCUCAUUUGGAAGAUUUUGAAGAUUAUUUCUUCGAGGCAGACUAUGAAUUUAUAAAUUAUACGACAUGUGAUAGCGGGUUGCGGAGACAGAUGGGACCAAGUGGAGAUGGUGUGUUGUCCUUUCGUGUAACCAGCAAAUCCUUUUUCUCUGAGGUGCCUUCAUCUUCUGGACCGAUCAGGUGCAGAUGGCAAAUAGAAGCAUCGCCGCAUAAGCAUCUGUACUUGAAGUUUAAGGGAUUUAACGCUUCUGCUGUAGAAGAGUGCCGGUUUGGCAGCAGACUGUUAGUGUAUUUAGAUCCAAGAGCGAAACCUGUAGCCAAUGCCUGCGUGGACAACGAUCGCCCUCCACAGCGACCAGACGAGAUAGAAGAAUUUGACAUUUUCUCACAUACAUGGUACAACGAAUCUGGUGACAGUUUUAAUGGACAGGAGAGAGAUAGGCUGUUCAUUGAGAUGGUAGCACCUCCCCAGGCUGCUUCUUUCGUUAUCCAUUGGCUGGAAGUGACGAGGCCUUUCGUUCGAACUCAAUCGGGACAGACACUCCGAAAUGUAGAUUGCUUAUUCGAAUGUCCUGAGAUAGGAGCUUGCAUUGAUCCCGAACUGUGGUGCGAUGGAACCCUCCACUGUCCAUCAGGUUUCGACGAAUCUCCAGAACACUGUAGAUACUUCCCAGUAACGUAUGUGUCUUGCAUUGGCGCUGGACUGUUGGUGUGUCUUCUGAUUUUCACAUGGUUUACCAUUAGACAACGUCGUAGUCGAAAAUUGCUCAAAAAGAAAGAAAUACGACAGUUACCGCAAGAUGACUUUUGCCUCGAGAGUCCCCUUGGUUGAAUCCAUUUUCUAUUUAAAGGAGUAAUCGCCUGAAAUAUUCCAUUAAAUAAUUUCACGUCCAUCAUUCUAACCGAAAUCUUUUUUACCCCAACAGGUGAAGAACAUUCCAUUACUAUAUGGACCUUUGAAUCAUCCAAAGCAUGCCAAUUUUCAGGGUUCUUUCUCGUGUUAUGUUUCAAGAUGUGUUUAAAAAGGAUAUAUAAUUAUUGCUACGCGCUGGGAACGGAAGGUCUGAAUAUGCAUUUCGGACGUCAAGUAUUUUAGUAAGCAAAUUGAGUCUAUAGAUUCACAUAAACGUGCAACUACUUGAAGGCAUGCUUAAUUUUGUUUGCUUCACAGUCAGACAACCUGAUGGUUAAAUGAUAUCAUGCCCAGGGAUAUAAGAAUAUAUGUACCUAGUUACCUGUAAUAUAUGUGAUUCUUUUCGACGGAUAUUUUGAUAACUAACCUGAAAAUUACUUUGUGACAAAUUUAUGCCAAAGACUACAUUGUGUCUUAAAAGUGAUGAAUUCGUCGAUAAUGGUCUAAUCACCUCUCAUUACAUACUUGAAAAAUCAUCUCUUGUAUAAUGAUUUAUGAAUACUCCGAACAUUCAUAAAACAUAGAUUUUGAUAGAAUUGAGGCAUAAGUAUGAAACUUGAGAUCAAAAAUUGCCAUACAUGAGUAUUAAUUGCCGUAGUGAAAUGGCUUACUUAACUGCGAGAAACACAGAAUAAGUCCUUCUUGGCAGUGCAAAAUGUUCAUUAAUAUUGAACAAUGUUGCUUUGGUGCUCAGACUUGCUCAAUUAACGAAUCCACGAAAUGGUUGAUUAUUUUUACGAAAUCUCAUAAAGAACGUUUGAACUUCAGUAGAAGAAGUUUUUUAGAAUCGUUUAAACAAAUAAUUGAAUGAUGUUUUUGAUUUUCACGGAACAUCUUUGCUGAUUUUAUAUACAUUUUGCACUCCUUUUGCAGAACUGCCAGUUACAUUUCAGAAAAUGUGUUUUAAAAUUCAUUGAUUGUAUUGGAAUACGUGUUUUGGCUAAAAAUUGCAUUUUUAUACUUGUACACUCCGCACAAAAAAUGGGACAGUAUUAUAUCUCCCGUUCUACUGGGGCGAUUGAUGAAAUUUAACUUGCGUUUUUCAUGUCUUGAAAGCGAAACUUAUGCCUUUUUUUUCUGAAAUGGCAUAUUUAUUUUUUUUCCAUAUUCCAAUUCUAAGACUCAGAUUAUGACGAAAUAUUAAAUUUUGUAAAAUUUGGUGAGAAAAAUACCGAGAAAUUUAAAAAUUUAUCUUGGCACGCUUUCUCAGUUUGCGUGAAGAAUUGGUAAUACUAUGAAUAUUUUAUAGUAACUUAUUUUCCCUUCUUUUUUUUCAUUGUGCAUGGAAAAAUAAAGGUGCAUUGUUUACUCUUUCGAAUAACUUUCGAGCAAUUUUAAUAAAGUGCAUAAACUACAUUUGGCGUUAUUAUCGUUUAUAACAAAUAUGCCAAAUUUCUAAACGAGGCAAUGUAUAAAUUCACGUAUAUCUUGGAAAAUUUUUGAUAAGUUCUAUUUUUUUUUUUUUUUUUUCAUGUACGCCUCGAAAUAUAUCUAUUUUAACGUGAUGGUAAAAAUCUUGUAGGUUAAAAUUCAAAAUACUUUUUCGAAAAAUUUAUAAAAUUAUUAAACGAUAUAAAUUUUAAAUACAAAUCAGAAAAUAGCUGCAGGUUUUAUUUAGAUUGAUCUUAAAUUUCGAAUCGUGUAAGAAAGUGUGUGUAUUUAAUUAUGGCAAAGCACACGAGGGCUAUCUGCCUAAGGGGAGGGAUGCCUUUCGUGGAGGACUUUCUAAGGGAAACUGGCUCGUAUACACGUUACACAUGGGGAA